GGCUCUCACUGAAGCGAUCCUCUCUUGUGCGUUCUGCGUUCUUGCUAUAAAGCCCACUUCCUGGGCUUUGUCCGGAUCACUUCCCGCCCGUCCCCACUGAGUGCUUAGUCCCUUUACGCUCAUGACUUCGGAGAAGAGAGAACGGUCUGCUACACCUCAAGAACCAGACAACCACGAUCUCGAGGGCAAGCAGCACAAGAGGCCCGGCCAGUCCUGGAAGGCGGGCGAAGAGCACGUUUUGCCCAAGAACAGGCUGGGCAUUGUGUUCUUUGGAUUGAUGUCAUGCACCUUUUUAGCCGCUUUGGAUCAGACUAUUGUAGCAACCGCGCUACCAACUAUCGUCGCGAAGCUUGGGGGAGGAAAGGACUAUAGUUGGGUUGGCAGCGCUUACCUGCUCGCAGCAGCGGCUCUCGGUCCAGUGUAUGGCAAGCUUUCUGAUCUGAUUGGACGAAAACCUAUACUCUAUACUUCCAUAGUUAUUUUCUUGAUCGGUUCUGCGCUAUGUGGUGCAGCACAAAAUAUGGUUUGGCUCGUCGUCUGCCGAGCCAUUCAAGGAAUUGGAGGAGGAGGGAUUAUCCAGCUGGUGCAGAUCACGAUAUCUGAUAUUGUUUCUCUUCAAGAUCGAGGAAAGUAUGGUGGAUUUAUUGGCGCGACGUGGGGAAUCGCUAGCGUUGUUGGGCCAUUAUUAGGAGGGGUUUUCGCAGAUCAUGUCUCUUGGAGAUGGUGUUUCUUCAUAAAUCUUCCAACGGGCGGACUGGCCUUUGCGCUGCUUUUCUUUUUCCUCAAUCUCAAUCCUCAUCAAGGAAAAUCAUUCCGUCAACAUAUGCGAGAAUUCGACUUCGUCGGAUUCUUCCUAAUCAUCGCAGGCGUAGUUCUCAUCCUACUAGGCUUCAACUUCAGCGAGACCAGCUGGUCAACUCCGCAGACCAUCGCACCACUGGUAAUCGGCAUUGUCCUUCUCCUGGCAGCAACUGCGAAUGAAAUCUACACUACCCGUUCACCGAUAUUGCCACCUCGUCUUUUCAAAGUUCGAACCACGGCUUUCAUCCUCAUCUCGACAUUCUUCCAUGCGCUUGCUUUCUUUGCUGGUGCAUACUACCUUCCGGUAUACUUCCAGGUGCUUGGGUCUUCUGCAACUGGCGCUGGUGUGAAGAUGCUUCCAUAUUCUCUUGGCGCAGCCGCCUUUUCUGCUAUUUCUGGACAGAUCGUCACUCGCACAGGACGAUGGCGGCCAACUAUGUGGUUUGCCUGGGUGAUCAUCGUGCUAGGCUACGGAUUGAUGAUCCAACUCGAUGAGAAUUCUAACACCGCGGAGAAAGUGUUGUACUUGCUUAUUGCUGCGCUUGGAGUUGGAUGUCUUUUCCAGACACCGCUCAUUGGUCUACAAGCAGCCAUGCCAUUGAAAGACAUGGCUACCAGUACCUCUACAUUCGGCUUUAUCAGAACCCUGGGAGGUACGGUUGGUAUCUCCAUUGGUCAAGCGAUCUUAACCAGCUUCUUGAGGAAGAAUGUGGAAAAGAUUCCUGGUCUCGAGAUCGAUACCUCAGCUGCUGCGCUCAACCAAAUGGUCAGACAAGUUAAGAACAUCCCUGACCCUGUACAGCGUCAGGCAGUCAUGCAUGCAUACACAUCUGCGCUCAGCAAGGUCUGGUUAAUCAACACGCCCAUAUUGGGCGUGGGCCUUAUCCUGAGUAAAUCACUGUUCUGUGGCUUAUGUGUGAUUCUCUCUACUGAUGCUACGCUUCAUAGCCCUCUUCCUUCGCGGUUACACUCUCAAGCGCGUUGUCGUUAAAGGCGGCGCCCAGCAGGCAAAAGAUGGUGACAUCGAAGCCGGCGCCCAAGCUGGUGAAAUUGCUGCUGUUGACGCUAGUCAACUGGCUGUAGCACCUGCGUCUGGAGAAGAUGACAAAAACGUGCCGAGGUCAUCCACAGAGAAGGCGCGCAUUGUUGAAAAUAACGAUAUGGACGACGCUGCCACGGCGCAUGACACCAUUGUGGAACAGGAGAAGACAGACGUUUAGGUCUGACGCUGAGUAUCUCUGUUGGAUUUUUUUUUGGGUUGUAUGAUGUGCUUCAUAUUCAUGAUGUACUGUGGAGGAUUUAUCGAUACCCGCCCUGCUCAUCUUUUCACGAUAGAUAUAACUUACGCUUCUAUUUACGACACGAUGCUGGUCAUGCUUUGUAGUUUUAUGACGCAUAUAUAGACGUUUAAUUUCAAUUCAACGCUCCGUCGUUCUGAUCGACGUCGCGACGGAUCACCUG